GCUGUGUUGAGCAAUACGCGUAAUACGAUGUAUGCUGAGCUCCGCAUGAUUGCUGAGACUCUUACGAGCUGGUUGACGAUUGUCAAGAAGGAGAAAGCUAUCUACCACACCCUCAACUUGUUCAACUACGACCAGAACCGCAAGACGCUCAUUGCUGAGGGAUGGUGUCCCACCGAGAACCUAGGUCUCGUGCAGAAUGCUUUGAGGGAUGUCACGGACCAUGCCGGAUCUCAGGUCCCCAUCAUCCUCAACACUUUGCACACCACCAAGACGCCUCCUACCUUCCACCGCACCAACAAGUUCACCUCCGGUUUCCAGAGUAUCAUCGACUCGUACGGUAUCGCCACCUACCGCGAGGUCAACCCUGGUCUCAUCGCUAUCGUCACUUUCCCGUUCUUGUUCGCUAUCAUGUUCGGUGAUCUCGGUCACGGUCUCAUCAUGUUCACCGCUGCCUUCGUUCUCAUUUGGUACGAAAAGUCCCUCGCUCGCGUGGAUUACGGCGAGAUCUUUGGUAUGGCUUACUAUGGUCGUUACAUCAUUCUCCUCAUGGGUGCGUUCUCGAUGUACACGGGUCUUAUCUACAACGACUUGUUCUCGAAGAGUAUGCUCAUUUGGAAGAGUGGAUGGAGGUGGCCGGAGCACUUCGAGGUUGGUGAUGUGGUUUCUGCACACCAAGUCGGCGUAUACCCCGUCGGUCUUGACCCCGCGUGGCACGGAACUGACAACGCGCUCUUGUUCACCAACUCUUACAAGAUGAAGAUGUCUGUCAUUCUUGGUGUUAUUCACAUGACUUUCUCGCUUUGCUUGUCUUUCUUCAACCACCGCUUCUUCAAGUCUCCGCUCGAUAUCUGGGCGAACUUUAUCCCGUCCAUGCUCUUCUUGCAGUCCAUCUUUGGAUACCUCGUCAUCACCAUCAUCUACAAGUGGUGCGUUGACUGGUCCACCACCGACUGGGCUCCUCCCGGUUUGUUAAACAUGCUUAUUUACAUGUUUUUGUCUCCCGGUACGGUGGAUGAGCCGCUUUACAGGGGUCAAGCUACGGUGCAGAAGAUCUUGUUGAUGAUCGCGUUGAUUUGUGUUCCGUGGUUGUUGUUUUUGAAGCCCAUGUACCUCCGCUGGGAACACAACCGUGCUCGUGCGGCUGGAUACCAGGGAUUGCCUACUACCCACGGUUCCCAGCAACGCGUUAGCGCUGCUGACGACGAUGACGAUGAGCUGGCCGGUGCUGUCAUCUCUGAGGAGAUGCAUGAGGAGGAGGAGUUUGAGUUUGGUGAGGUUAUGAUUCAUCAGGUUAUCCACACGAUCGAGUUUUGCCUUGGAUGUGUCUCGCAUACCGCUUCUUACUUGCGUCUCUGGGCUUUGUCUCUCGCGCAUAACCAGUUGUCCGUCGUAUUGUGGGACAUGUCGCUCGGUAACGCCCUCAGUAUGUCCGGUGUGACGGGUGUCAUCGCGCUCGUCGUCAUGUUCACCAUGUGGUUUGUGUUAACUGUUGCGGUGUUGGUCGUUAUGGAGGGUACUUCGGCUAUGUUGCAUUCGUUGCGUUUGCACUGGGUUGAGGCUAUGUCUAAGCACUUUGAAGGAAAUGGGUAUGCGUUUACGCCAUUUUCUUUUGAGGCGAUUGUGGACAACCGUGAGGCUUAAAAGUAGACCGGAAAUCCAUAGUGGGAAAAGAUGUCUUUUAGGCUAG